GCAGUAAGGUUAAUUGAGGCGUCAGGAACUGAAAUUGUGUUCUGUUGGAAUUCUGCUGUCGUUUUUGGGUUUUAAAAGUGAUGCUCAGCGAGGUUUAAAAGUUAUUGGUGCUGUGUUGGCUUGGAGCGUCGUCGUUCUAAAAAAAUGGCAAUAGCCCUAGAGAAGCACAUUAGUUGUGUUCGUCAAAGCCGUUGUCGUUAGUGCGUGCAACGUGAAGUUCAGAAGUGGAAAUAAAAAGCGGCUGCCUAGAAGAUACAGUAGCUUUUUCCAGUGGUUGCAAGCCGCAAUAAUGCCGGAAUCAUCGGAACAGGCGUCAGGAUCGUCCAUCAACGCUUCUUCUAAGGACGGUAAGGAAAGUGUGAAAGAGAAGAAACUGUCUUCCGGGUCUUUAGGCAGCGGUGAUGGUGCUCGACCGAAGGUUGUCACCGUAAAACAUCCAGAAUCAAACAAACCCAAACCUACUGUGAAGAAAAAUAAGCCAAUAUUAGCCGAUCUGGAUGUUGCGAAGGACUUUUUAAGAUGCAAAGAAGGAGGAGUACCCAGACUGGAUUUGAGUAAGUCAAGUAUAACACAGCUUCCUGCAACAGUCCGUGAUCUGACACAUCUAGUAGAGUUUUAUUUGUAUGGCAAUAAGUUGGCAACUUUGCCUCCAGAAAUUGGUUGCUUAGUAAAUUUGCAGACACUUGCACUGAGUGAAAACUCAUUGACAAGCUUGCCGGAUUCCCUAGCAGGCUUAAAAUCUCUUAAAGUUCUUGACUUGAGACACAACAAAUUGAAUGAAAUACCAGAUGUUGUGUACAAGUUGACCUCUUUGACGACAUUGUUUCUAAGAUUUAACAGAAUAAAAGUGGUUGGAGAUGGAAUUAGAAACCUGACAAAUUUAACAAUGUUAAGUCUCAGAGAGAAUAAGAUAAAAGAACUUCCUGCAGGUAUUGGGAAGUUGGUUAAUCUUGUAACAUUUGACGUAUCACAUAAUCAUCUUGAGCACCUUCCUGAGGAGAUAGGAAAUUGUGUCCAGCUUUCCACAUUAGAUCUUCAACACAAUGAUCUUUUAGAUAUACCAGAAUCUAUUGGAAAUUUACAGGCAUUGAUUAGGCUUGGUCUUCGAUACAAUCAACUCACAGCUGUCCCAAAAUCAUUAAGUAACUGUGUUCACAUGGAUGAAUUUAAUGUGGAAGGUAAUAAUAUAUCCCAACUUCCUGAUGGGCUGUUAUCUAGCCUCUCAUGUUUAACAAGUAUUACAUUGUCCAGAAAUGGUUUUACAUCAUAUCCAGCAGGUGGCCCAGCACAGUUUACAAAUGUAGAUUCCAUUAAUUUGGAACAUAAUCAAAUAGAUAAAAUCCCAUAUGGCAUAUUUUCUCGCGCAAAACACCUUACAAAAUUAAAUAUGAAAGAAAACCAACUUACAUCACUACCCCUGGAUGUUGGAACAUGGACAAAUAUGGUGGAGCUGAAUCUUGGCACUAACCAGCUAACAAAAAUUCCAGAUGACAUCCAGUAUCUUCAUUCAUUGGAAGUGCUGAUACUUUCAAAUAACCUAUUGAAAAGGAUUCCUGCUAGUAUUGGUAAUCUGAGGAAACUCAGAGUUUUAGACUUAGAAGAGAACAAAAUUGAUGUUUUGCCAAAUGAGAUAGGAUUUUUAAAAGAUUUGCAGAAACUAAUUCUUCAGUCAAACCAAGUGACAACAUUACCAAGAGCUAUAGGGCAUUUAACCAAUUUGGAUUAUUUAAGUGUUGGUGAAAAUAAUUUAAGUUAUUUACCAGAAGAAAUUGGUACCUUGGAAAAUUUAGAAUCAUUGUACAUUAAUGAUAACCCAAACCUCCAUAACUUGCCAUUUGAAUUGGCACUUUGCAGCAAUCUUCAAAUAAUGAGUAUUGAAAACUGUCCAUUGACCCAAAUACCUCCGGAAAUUGUAGCUGGUGGUCCAUCACUGGUAAUACAUUUUCUAAAAAUGCAAGGACCAUAUCGUGCAAUGUGAACGUGAAAAAGGCUUGUUCUUGUGGAGUGCAAUCUUUCUUAUGUAUAGUGAUGCAUUUUAAUGUAUUUAUGUGGUCAUUAUGUAAUAAGGAAAGAAUGGCAUGGUCUGAAGACUACCUUUUAGAUUCAGACUUAAUCGAUUUCUUUUCUUUGAUAGUUUGAAGCCAAAUGUGAUGUAAGAUUUAUUUUUUAAUAUUGUAUUCCUUAACUUUAAUUUGUUAAAUUUGUUAUAGGUAUUGUUAAUACAUAUGUAUGUUGAGCGGAUUUGUUGUUUCAUUUUAGUGCAAUUGUGAAUGAGAUUUGUUUUGUAAUUCUGAUCAUAUACUUCCAGCGGAAUUUUGUAUUGUGACCUUUAUAUUCUGAUGGGAAAAGCCAUCAAAACUCUUAAACUGUGCGGUUAAUAAAUCAAUGAUUUGUUGAUUCAAGACAAAUUAGCAUUUUGUUUUAUCAUGUGUGUGAUAAAAUAACAUAUGUACUAAGUGUAAUGUAUUCCUCCCCACAUUUCGCACAUGGCUAGAUUUAAAAGUAUUUCAAUUUAACGAGCGAUGAUGGAUGUUUAUUAUUUUUAUUGCUGUAUUGUUUUACUACAAUGUAAAGCCUUUGGAGCUUAUAUGUGCAAUCAUUUUAUAGAGUUCAUUUUAUAAGUUGUAUCUGUACACAUAUGUUUCCUUUGUAUAUGUAAAAAGGGAGGAAAAAAUAAUUGGCUGCUAAAAUAGAGAAGACCAAAUCCCAGACAAAUCACACAAUUUCCUCUAUGUAGAUAUGAAACAUUGAAAAGCCAGCAGUGGUGGAACUACUGUUUCUACUUAAAAUGCCCAAGAUUGUGGCUCAUCUUGUCGUUAAACAAGGUGCAGUCUGUGUCCUGUUAUGCCAGCCAUUGGAAGUACAAUUUUUGUAUGUUUUCCAAGGAAUUGUCAGAUUACUUCAGAUUUAAACUAAUAAUCAUGGCAGUAAGAAAAGCAGAUUGAUGUAGACAGGUAUCUUAGGUCAACUUUGUAGAGUAGUGCAUUUCUGAUAGUGGGCACAUGUGCUUUGGGAUUUGGUCUAUUUUUCACACCAUUAAGAUGAAAUGGAUUGCUUCAAUAACGGAUCAGGCUCAAAUAGUACCAUAUUAGUACUGUAGUACAAAUUACACGAUUCGUGUACAUCAUACCUCUUGUCGGGGAAGUACGGAGGCGUCCGAUCCCGCCCGUCUGCUUUGACUCAUGACGUCACAAAUAUGGCGGAAACAAACACAUACACUUUCCACAAGAAGCCUAAUGACACUAACGGGACAAGCGCUGGA